AUUGCUCUGGCCUGGCGGCGGGGCGGGGCUCGGCCCCACGCGCAGCUUCAGGGAGCGAUGCGCGGCGUCGGCGCCGGUGCCGGCAUGGCAGAGGAUUACAGAUGGAAAAUGCAAAGCCAAGAAAAGUCUUUUCUUUUUUCUUCUCAAGUAUUACAGAAUAAGGAAAUAAUGGCCUGAAUGAAGUUGCCUGUGCCAUGUAAAUGCUUUGAAGUUUUGUAAUGGCAGAAGCUAGGUCUUCAGAUAUUAAAAGAUCACGAAUAAGUUUGUCACUCAGUAGAAAUAAGAAAAAAAAAGGAACAACAAAAAAAGCAGAAGGUAAAGAAACACCAUCUAUACCUACAGCAUCCUCCUCUAUUAUUUCUUUUUUUAACAAUGUUCCCCCUGCCAAAAUUACAUGUCCCAUGUGUGGGCAAAUGGUGCCAAGAAACAGAAUAAACGAGCACAUGGAUGAAACAUGUUGCAGAAACCAUGGUGAGAUUGGCGUCAUUGAUUCAACACUCAACUCUUUUAGGAAUGCGAGUCCCCCAGCUGCAAAUGUGAGCAAUAAUUCCAGCUCAUAUUUUUCAAAAAAACUCUUAAAUCUAGAAACAAGUCCUUCCAAAACCAAUUUAUUGAAAACAGAAGGGAGUGCAGCACUACAGAUUAGUCCUUAUUUUAGCAAUAAUAGUUCAGUCUGUAGUGUUAAAAAUGAACCACAGACUCAAACAGUUAAAGUAGUCUCUUUGGGAAGCUUGUCAUCUAAACUGUCCAGAAGACGUAGUAGCCAGGGAGGAAAACAGAUUGUGUAUAAAGAGAUAGACUCUUCACCUCCAGCUGUUCACAAUACGUGCAAAAGUGCUGCAGCACAGGAUAACGAUGAUGAGAUUUAUGCUGGGCAUAGUUCUCAGAAAGAAAAUCAGCUCACUCAGAGAGAGAGCAAGGAACAAAAUUUUUCAAAGGAGGAACCUGAAUUCCAAGAAGAUACAAACAAAUGUAAUAGAGAAGACCUUGUGGAUAUUCAUGUAUCAUUACCAGCUGAUAACAUUAAUGUCAAAAGGUUACCAGUUGCUACAAGGAGCACCAAACCAGAAAGUAGGUCUGAGGGUGUGAUACAUAAUCCUGAUAAAUUUGAAACACAUCUAACCAUUUAUACUUCAGCAGAGCUGACGAGGAGUUUGGAAGUUGGGGCUCAGCCUCACACUCAGGUUAUUCCUUCUUCCAAGACAGAAGUGAACUGUGGUACACAAAAUUGCCUUGGCGAAGAUGAUGUACAGGUACUUCCCGUGGAAGUUCAUGAAGACUUUGAGGAUGAGAUUAAUCAUACUUUGUCAGAAACUGUGGAAAAGGUGGAAUUUCAAAAUUCCACUGGGGACAUUUUAGACAAAAUAAAUGAGGUUAUCUCUGUGCCCGGCUCUCCUGGUCACCCAUAUUACCUCCAGAAUUUUUUAGUGGUGCUGAGAGCAGUCCUGGAGAACAAAGAUGAUGUCAGACUCUUUGAUGAGCAAGAUAUGAAUAUUAUAACCAAGUUCUGCAAAUUAUCAGUUGGUGGUCAGAAGUUAUAUGUGAGACUUUUUCAACGCAAGCUGAACUGGUUAAAGGUGAACAAAAUAGAAUAUGGAGAAAUAAGUAUGGAUUUGUCACCAAUAAUCGAAGAACUGGCUGAAGCCAGAUUUCUGCAAACAGAGUCUGAACUGGAAGACCUGUGUGAAGGGUUGGAUUUGCUUUCAGCCCCUGAGCUAAAAACAUUGGCAAAGAUCUUUCACUUGCCAAACCCAAAUGGUCAGAAACAGCAACUUGUGGAUGAUUUUCUGAGGUUGGCAAAACAACGUUCAGUCUUCAGCAAGAGCCAGGCUGGUAUUGGGACAGUGAUUUUGAAAAGGGUGAAGGCCCUGGCUGGAAAAUCUGUCAGGGUCUGUAGAGGCCCUCGGGCUGUCUUUUCUCGAAUUCUGCUGCUAUUUUCUCUGUCUGAGUCAAUGGAGGAUGAAGAAGCUGGUAGUGCUGGUCAAGGCCUGCUCUCCACAGUCCUUAUGGUAAACAUGGGGCGUAUGGUAUUCCCCAGUUACACUGUAAAUAGGAAAACACAGGUCUUCCAGGACAGAGAAGAUCUUAUCAGGUAUGCAACUGCUGCUCAUCUGUCAAAUGACAUAGCCACUGCAAUGGUAAAUGGGAACUGGGAAGAAGCUAAUCAGCUAUAUAUGUGCGCUAAAGAAACCUGGAAUGAACUGAAAAAUCACCCGUCUUUGAGCUAUCACAGAGCUUUACCUGAGUAUCUGCGACAUUUCACAGUUGGCUGGGUAUAUACAAGAAUCCUUUCUCAAGGUGUUGAAAUUUUGCAGAGACUUCACAUGUAUAAGGAAGCGGUGAAGGAGCUGCAGACUCUUCUGUCUCAGGAUGUGUAUUGUACUGACAGCAGAGGGCGAUGGUGGGAUCGACUAGCUCUGAAUUUACAUCAGCACUUGAAAAACACUAAGAAGGCCAUUGACUGCAUCAGAAAGGGGCUGGCAGACCCCUUCGUACGUACUGGGCAUCGUCUCUCUCUCUACCAGCGGGCCCUGCGAAUCAGAGACUCGCCAAGCUGCAGGCAGUUCAGGUGCCUGUUUCAUGAUCUGCCAGUCAUAACUGUGGAGGAUGUGACACAUGUUACGAUCAAAGGAAAGAUGUGUCCUCAGAUGGGAAUGGGAAAAUCUGUAUUUCUAAUGGAGGAUAUUGAUGAUGAAGAAAGAGGCGAAGACUUCAGUGUAUCCACAGUCAUGUGCUCAGUUGAGGAGCUGGCGUUAACUCAUUACAGGCAGAAUGGUUUUGAUCAGGGUAUUCAUGGGGAAGGCUCAACAUUUAUGACGCUGUAUGGUAUUCUAAUGUGGGAUAUCGUUUUCAUGGAUGACAUACCCGACGUCUUCAGAAAUUCCUAUCAGACCUUCCCCCUGGAUUUAUACACUGACAGCUUCUAUGAGAACAGGAAGGAUGUCAUUGAGGCCAGACUCCAGCAGCUUCAUACAGCUUCCUCAGAGACACUGGUGAAGUUGAUCGCUGACAUCUGGACCGCUCAGGAGGGAAAAGCAGCAGCACUAGUUAGCUGGGGGCGGUUUAAUUCCCUCCAGCAGGUUCAGAGCCUUGUCUCUUGCCUUGGAGGAAUGUUUCUGAGCGGUGUUUUUAGGCGACUUUCCAAAGAUCUACGCCAUUGCAGAGGGGGACUUCCUGACCUGCUUGUGUGGCGUACUCACACUAAUGACUUUAAGCUGGUGGAAGUGAAAGGUCCCAACGAUCGCCUGUCCCCCAAGCAGAUGAUCUGGCUGAGUGAGCUGAAGAAGCUGGGUGCUGCAGUAGAAGUUUGUCACGUGCAAGCUGUUGGAGGCAAGAGUAAACGCCUCAGCUGACGCUAGCAGUCUCGAUGAUGCGGGUAAUGUGGGUGUUUUUUAAAGGGGGUAGGUAUGACACACACACUACUGGCUGCUGCUUAUUAAAAGUCAUUUCUUCUAAAAUUCCUGUCUCUUGAAACAUUACUGUAGUUAUUUUUAGCACAAAACAUUCUAAAAAUAGUUUGAGAAGACUGUCAGUAUGACUGUCAGUACUGUGUGUCACUUUGUGAUCAGAACAAAGCCUUCCUCUUCUAUACACAAUUCGUAACUUAGUCUAGGAAAGGUAAUCUAGGGGCUUGCCCAGUAAAGAGAAACAGCUGCAGUCGCACUGCUACCAACAGAGAACAUCCUCUGCAAUAAAAAAUGUGGUGCAUCAA